AUGGCCGCCUCCAUUGAAGAGCUGGACGUCCUUGUCCGCUCCUUCUACGAGGGGCGCGGUGAGCAGCAAAAAGCCGCCCAAGCUGCCCUCAACCAGUUCAAAGAAGACCCCGAUGCCUGGCUCAUGGUCGACAAGAUCCUCUCGGAUGCGCAGUAUCCUCAAACCAAAUACUUGGGUCUGCAGGUUCUGGACAAUGUGAUCUCGACGAGGUGGAAGGUUCUCCCCCGGGAACAAUGUCAAGGAAUCCGAAACUUCAUCGUCCAGUUCAUCAUCCAGUGCUCGAGCACCGAAGAGUCGUUGCGCGAGCAAAGGACUUUGCUCAACAAGCUCAACCUCGUCCUCAUUUCCGUCCUCAAGCAGGAAUGGCCUCACAACUGGCCUACAUUUAUCAACGAAAUCAUCUCGUCCUGCCAUUCCAACCUAGCCAUCUGCGAGAACAACAUGAUCAUUCUUCGUUUGCUCUCGGAGGAAGUUUUCGACUACUCGGCCGAGCAGAUGACAUCGACCAAGACACGCAACCUCAAGCAAACCAUGUGCGCCGAGUUCUCGCAAAUCUUCAACCUUUGCCAGGAGGUUCUCAACACCGCCACACAGCCUAGUCUGAUCAAGGCGACUCUCGAGACCCUUCUGCGAUUCUGCAACUGGAUCCCCCUGGGAUACAUCUUCGAGACACCACUCAUAGAGACGCUGCGAACCCGUUUCCUCUCGACCCCCGAGUUCCGCAACAUCACCAUGCAGUGCCUUACCGAGAUCGGUGGCCUUCAGACUGGUGGCCCUGGACAGCCCAACUCAUACGAUGAGGAGCUGGUCAAGAUGUUCACCGAGACGUUGACAACCAUCGCUAGCAUUAUUCCGGUUACUCUGGAUCUCAAGAGCACAUAUCCUAGCAGCAACUCAAGAGAUCAGGAGUUUAUCCAAAACCUGGCUCUCUUCCUUUGCAAUUUCUUUGGAAUGCACUUGAACCUCAUCGAGAAGCUUCCCAACCGAGAUUUCCUUAUUCACGGUCACUACUAUCUUAUCAGGAUAUCGCAGAUCGAUGAUCGAGAAAUCUUCAAGAUUUGCCUCGACUACUGGCUCAAGCUCGUCCAGGAGCUCUACGAGGAGAUGCAACAGCUCCCCAUUACCGACCUCAACCCCCUCAUGGCCGUCGGCGCAGGAAUUUCUGGUAGCGGCGCCCCGAACCCUACGGUCCUCAACAACUACCCUCUUCGAAAGCACAAGUACAACGAAGUUCUGUCAAACCUCCGAGUUGUCAUGAUUGAGAAGAUGGUCCGUCCUGAGGAAGUCCUGAUUGUCGAGAACGACGAGGGUGAAAUUGUCCGAGAGUUCGUGAAGGAGAGCGACACAGUGCAGCUUUACAAGACAAUCCGAGAGUGUCUGGUCUACCUGACACACUUGGAUGUGGUCGAUACAGAAAACAUCAUGACAGAGAAGCUGGCUCGACAGGUUGACGGCAGCGAGUGGUCUUGGCACAACUGCAACGUUCUUUGCUGGGCCAUCGGCUCGAUUUCCCUUGCAAUGAACGAGGAGACGGAGAAGAGAUUCCUUGUCACUGUCAUCAAGGACCUCCUUGGUCUUACUGAAAUGAAGCGUGGUAAGGACAACAAGGCCGUUGUCGCCAGUAACAUUAUGUACAUUGUCGGCCAAUACCCCCGAUUCCUUAAGGCUCAUUGGAAGUUCCUUAAGACUGUUGUUAACAAAUUGUUCGAGUUCAUGCACGAGUCUCACGAAGGUGUUCAGGACAUGGCUUGCGAUACGUUCAUUAAGAUUGCCCGUCAGUGCCGACGACACUUCGUUGCUCUUCAGCCUAGCGAGCAAGAGCCCUUCAUUGAGGAGAUCGUGCGAAACAUGGGUAAGAUUACAUGCGACUUGACUCCCCAACAGGUUCACACCUUUUACGAGGCUUGUGGUUAUAUGGUCGCCGCUCAAGGCAACAAGCACCAGCAAGAGAGGCUCCUCUCCGAUCUCAUGGCCAUCCCCAAUGCGGCUUGGGACGAGAUUAUCAAGCAAGCAACAGUGAACCCUUCCAUUCUUCAAGAUGCGGAGACCAUCAAGGUUAUCGGAAACAUCAUGAAGACUAAUGUGUCAGCUUGCUCUUCUGUGGGAUCCUACUUCUACCCCCAGAUUGGUCGCAUCUAUCACGACAUGCUCCAGAUGUACAAUGCCACAAGUACACUGAUCUCCGAGGCUGUGGCUCGCGAUGGUGAACUCGCAACCAAGAUGCCCAAGGUCCGAGGUCUUCGUACCAUCAAGAAGGAGAUCCUCAAACUUAUCGAGGUUUAUGUUGAUAAGGCGGAGGACCUUCAGGCUGUCCGCGCUCAGAUGGUUCCUCCUCUGUUGGACUCUGUUCUAGUCGACUACAACCGCAACGUCGCUGGUGCUCGAGAUGCUGAGGUGCUCAAGGCUUGCUCUACCAUCAUUACCAAGCUCUCUGCUCUCAUGGAAGACCAAGUUCCUACUAUCAUGCAGAACGUCUUCGAGUGCACUUUGGAAAUGAUCAACAAGGACUUCUCCGAGUUCCCCGAACACCGAGUGGAGUUCUUCAACCUCCUCCGGGCCAUCAACUUGCACUGCUUCCCUGCUCUGCUUAAGCUCGAUAACAACCAGUUCAAGUUUGUCAUUGACUCGUGCUCGUGGGCUUUCAAGCACGACAACCGAGAUGUUGAGGCUGCGGGUCUCAACAUGGCACUGGAGUUGAUUAACAACAUUGCUGAGAAGACAGAUAUCCAGACCGCCAACGCUUUCUUCCAGCGAUUUUUCAUCACUAUUCUCCAGGAUGUGUUCUUUGUUGUCACCGAUAACGACCACAAGGCUGGUUUCAAGACGCAGUCUAUGCUGCUCAUGAAACUAUUUUACUAUAUUAACCCCGCAGACGGCACUCAGCCUAAGAUCCAGGGACCCAUCUACAACCCUGAUCAGGCUGCAGCCGGAACCGAUAACCGAGAGUUUGUUGCCAACUUUGUAGCAAACCUCUUGCAAAAUGCUUUCCGCAAUCUGCAAGCGAACCAGAUCACAAGCUUCGUCGAGGGUCUAUUCACGCUUAACACGCAGUACGAUAAGUUCCGACUCAACCUCCGUGAUUUCCUCGUCUCCCUCAAGGAAUUCGCAGGCGACAAUGCUGAGCUGUUCGUCGUCGAGAAGGAGCAACAAGAGCAGGAUGCCAAGACGGCCGAUAUGGAGCGACGACAGAAGGUUGGCGGUCUACUCAAGCCUUCUGAGCUGGAAGAUGAGGAGCUAUGA